GCGGGGGAAUACAGGCUGAGAGGAUUCCAGAAGCUAACAGAAAACCCAAAUGUCUGGUGCUGCUAAUAGAGAACAAGUGUUCCCAACGCGUAUGACACUUGGUGUCAUGAAGGGGAAAUUAAAGGGUGCACAGACCGGACAUUCGUUGUUGAAGAGGAAAUCCGAAGCGUUGACCAAGAGGUUCAGAGACAUAACCAAGAGAAUCGACGACGCAAAGAGAAAGAUGGGACGUGUGAUGCAGACGGCCGCCUUCUCGUUGGCCGAGGUCUCGUAUGCCACCGGCGGUAACAUUGGUUUCCAGGUCCAGGAAAGUAUCAGUAAUAACGCGAGGUUUAAGGUCAAGGCCAGACAGGAGAACGUUUCCGGUGUGUACUUGCCCCAAUUCGAGGCGGACAUCAACGAAUCGAUCAACGAUUUCAGAAUGACCGGUUUGGGCAGAGGUGGUCAACAGGUCCAGAAGGCUAGAGAGGUGUACAGCAAGGCCGUCGAGACGUUGGUGGACUUGGCCUCCUUGCAAACUGCGUUCGUCAUCUUGGACGACGUUAUCAAGGUCACGAAUAGAAGAGUCAAUGCAAUCGAGCACGUAAUCAUCCCAAGAACGGAGAACACCAUCGCAUACAUCAACUCUGAGUUGGACGAGCUAGACAGAGAAGAGUUCUACAGAUUGAAAAAGGUCCAGGAGAAGAAACAGAUUGCCACUGCCGCUGCCGAUGCCGAAAUGGCAGCCAAGAAGCUGAGAGAGGAGGCUGAAAGGCUGAACGAGCUGGAGAAGCACGAGGCAGAAGACGUUGAGAAGCUUGUGGUCAAGAGCGAAGAAGACAAUGAAGACGAGAAAGAGGCGGGAGAGGAAAAAACCGUGGACACCACGGAAUUGGUCACCGAGACCGAAGGAGAUGUGAUCUUCUAGGAGCGUGUCUCUCUCCGACUGUUUAAACUAGUUAACGAUAAAGACAAAAAAAAGAUCAAAAUGAAGUGCUGUAAUGUAAAGCAUGUAGCAAGAACCAGGGUCACGUGCACGACCGGUGU